GUUGUCUGGGGGCGGGGCUCCGGCCUCCUCUUUGAGAGUCCCGGAUUUACCAGGGCCGGUGGGACCACCUCGGGCUCCCGCCUCAGGGUCGUGGCCGGGGGACCCGGUGAACAUGGCCUGUGCUACUGUGGCAGCAGCACGACGGGGCCUCGGCCGGGCUCCCCCUCUCAUCUGGCGCGGCUACCAGACCGAGCGGGGCGUUUACGGCUACCGGCCGAGGAAGCCCGAGAGCCGCGAGCCCCGGGGCGCCCUGGAGCGUCCCCCAGUUGACCAUGGCCUUGCCAGGUUGGUGACAGUAUAUCGCGAGCAUGGUCAUAAAGCUGCCAAAAUCAACCCCCUCUUCACCGGGCAAGCCCUGCUGGAGAAUGUGCCUGAAAUCCAAGCCCUGGUGCAGACACUGCAGGGACCCUUCCACACGGCAGGAUUAUUGAACAUGGAGAAGGAAGAGGCCUCACUUGAGGAAGUGUUAGUCUAUCUCAAUCAAAUCUACUGUGGGCAGAUUUCUAUUGAAACCUCCCAACUUCAGAGCCAGGAGGAGAAAGACUGGUUUGCCAAGCGGUUUGAGGAACUGCAAAAGGAGACGUUUACCACAGAAGAGCGAAAACAUCUGUCAAAACUAAUGCUGGAAUCUCAGGAGUUUGACCACUUUCUGGCCACCAAGUUCUCGACAGUGAAGCGAUACGGAGGCGAAGGGGCUGAAAGCAUGAUGGGCUUUUUCCACGAGCUGCUGAAAAUGUCGGCCUACAGCGGAAUCACUGAUGUCAUCAUUGGGAUGCCCCAUAGAGGGAGGCUGAAUUUAUUGACAGGCCUUCUCCAGUUCCCUCCAGAGCUGAUGUUCCGUAAAAUGCAAGGCUUAAGUGAAUUUCCAGAGAAUUUUUCAGCCACUGGAGAUGUCCUGUCUCACCUGACCUCCUCUGUGGACCUGGACUUCGGGGCACACCAUCCCCUCCACGUGACAAUGCUGCCCAAUCCCUCGCACCUGGAGGCCGUCAACCCCGUGGCCGUGGGCAAAACUCGUGGCAGGCAGCAGUCUCGCCGAGACGGCGAUUACUCGCCAGACAACUCAGCCCAGCCGGGAGACAGGGUCAUUUGCUUACAGGUCCAUGGUGAUGCUUCUUUCUGUGGUCAAGGGAUUGUUCCUGAAACGUUCACGCUGUCCAAUCUCCCGCAUUUCAGAAUUGGUGGGAGUGUCCAUUUGAUUGUUAAUAACCAGCUGGGUUAUACCACUCCAGCUGAAAGAGGAAGGUCUUCUUUAUACUGCAGUGAUAUUGGAAAGCUUGUGGGCUGUGCCAUCGUCCAUGUCAAUGGAGACAGCCCAGAGGAAGUGGUCCGUGCCACACGACUGGCUUUUGAAUACCAACGCCAGUUCCGCAAGGAUGUGAUUAUUGAUCUGUUGUGCUACAGGCAGUGGGGCCACAAUGAGCUGGAUGAGCCAUUCUUCACCAACCCCAUCAUGUACAAAAUCAUCAGAGCUCGAAAGAGUAUCCCAGACACAUAUGCAGAGCACCUCAUUGCCAGUGGACUCAUGACGCAGGAGGAGGUGUCUGAAAUAAAAUCCUCCUACUAUGCUAAGUUGAAUGAUCACUUAAAUAACAUGGCGCACUACAGCCCCCCUGCCCUGAACCUGCAGGCCCACUGGCAGGGCCUGGCUCAGCCAGAAGCACGAAUCACCACCUGGAGCACAGGUGUGCCCCUCGACCUCCUGCAGUUUGUUGGCGUGAAGUCUGUAGAGGUGCCAAGAGAGCUGCAGAUGCACAGUCAUCUGCUGAAGACACAUGUUCAGUCCAGAAUGGAGAAGAUGAUGGAUGGAACCAAGCUAGACUGGGCCACUGCGGAAGCUCUUGCCUUGGGUUCCUUACUUGCUCAAGGUUUUAAUGUUCGUCUAAGUGGCCAAGAUGUUGGCCGUGGAACUUUCAGUCAGAGACAUGCAAUGGUGGUUUGCCAGGAGACCGAUGACACCUACAUCCCCCUGAACCAUAUGGACCCCAAUCAGAAGGGAUUUCUAGAGGUCAGCAACAGCCCCCUGUCAGAAGAGGCCGUCUUGGGAUUCGAAUACGGGAUGAGCAUUGAGAGCCCAAAGUUACUGCCCCUGUGGGAGGCACAGUUUGGUGAUUUCUUCAAUGGUGCCCAGAUCAUCUUUGACACAUUCAUCUCUGGAGGAGAAGCCAAGUGGCUCCUCCAAAGCGGCCUCGUCAUCCUCCUUCCACACGGCUACGACGGGGCUGGGCCAGACCACUCAUCCUGUCGAAUAGAGCGUUUCCUGCAGAUGUGUGACAGUGCGGAAGAGGGGGUGGACGGAGACACUGUGAACAUGUUUGUGGUUCAUCCAACAACUCCCGCACAGUAUUUCCACUUGCUUAGAAGACAAAUGGUCCGGAACUUCAGAAAACCACUCAUUGUUGCUUCUCCUAAGAUGUUACUCAGGCUCCCAGCAGCCGUGUCAACUCUUCAAGAAAUGGCACCAGGCACAACAUUUAACCCGGUCAUUGGUGAUUCAUCUGUGGAUCCAGAAAAGGUUAAGACCCUCGUGUUCUGCUCUGGCAAACAUUACUACUCCCUGCUGAAGCAAAGGGAAUCUCUCGGGCCCAAGAGGCAUGACUUUGCCAUCAUCCGCGUAGAGGAACUCUGCCCCUUCCCAUUGGAUUCUUUACAGCAAGAGAUGAGCAAAUACAAACAUGUUAAAGAUCAUAUUUGGAGUCAGGAGGAACCUCAGAACAUGGGUCCAUGGUCGUUUGUUUCUCCAAGGUUUGAAAAGCAGCUGGCCUGCAAGGGCUCCUGGAUUUCUUGAAUAAAAAGAUUUCAAAAGUCUAAGCACAAAAAUGAGAUGGAAGAUUAGAUCUCUGUAAAAGGUUAGUUUAGCCUGGGCGUGGUGGCUCACACCUGUAAUCACAGCACUGUGGGAGGCCAA